AUGCUUCCUUUGACUCCCUCUGUUUUUCAGUUGGGCCGACACCAAGGUCAAUUUACUGUCUGUGGAGCUCAAAUCACUGGAACAUCGGUUUGUGAGCACGUUUUUGGCGUUCUGAAGUUUCAUGCUACGUUAACUGUCGUAUCUCCGACCAUAUGCGUAUAUCCGGAUGUCGUCACCCUUCAGAAACCGCUGGUAUUAUUUGAAACUAUCCGGCUUAAAGUCAAUGUAGCGAAUCCGUCGUCCAACUGCCCAAUAAACUUCAAGUGGAUUUCACCGAAUCCGAGAGAUGAAUUGAAUUUAAAUGACGUUAUGCAAGAUAUUAUUAUUUACCCAGAAAGUGGCAGACUAUCUCCUCUUGAAACAAAACCUAUAAUGAUCUCACUGACACCUAAAGUGCUAGGACAAUUGGAGUGCGUACUAAAUUGCAUUCCGAACGCUUCUUCCAAACAUGGAGCGCAACUAAAAGUUGUGGGGGAAAUUAGCUCACCAAGUCUCGAACUUGAGAACGAGUGUAUCGAUUUCGGAAUCCUAUGCCCUAAUCAAACAAUAAUGAAGACAACGUGUAUCAGAAAUCCUUCUUGCGCCCCAUUAAAGUGGGUAUCCAGUUUGAGUCAAGAGACGGAUUUUACCUUUAAACUGGAGCCAAGCAGUGGUUUGCUUAAACCGAAAUGUCAACAGAAAAUAUCUAUAACAUUUCAUUCACAAUCGGCUGAUCGAUUUUAUGACAAUGUUAAUUUCAUGGUUGACAAUGGUCCUAUAAAAGCACUUAAACUCAUCGGAGAGGUCAAAGAAUGCAGUAUUUUUAUGAAUCCACAAGAAAUGCAAAUAGAUGAGCUUUAUGUGAAUGAUCCCUACACGUUCUACAUUGAAGUACAAAACACUUCCGACGUUAAAUCGAAGUUCAGUUGGCAAAAGUCGUCCAAAAGGUGA